UUGCAAAGUCAAUGAAUGAAUAUUCAUUUAUCGUAUCUAUAUAUAGCGAGCUCGACAAUCCAACUCAAUCACCAAUUAAGUGAGUAGAAUAGGAAAUCAGCAUGCAAGAUCCCAAGAUGAAGCUCCAUUGUGGCUUUUUAUUUUUCAACAUGGCAGUUAUCUUUGGCCUCCAUGAAAAAGAUCUCGACUUCGAGCUUGUCUUCAUAGAUUGGAUUGCUGGUGAAUCCAAAACCAAAUCCUUUCUCUCUAAUCUCAACCCAUUUGGUCAAGUUCCGGUUCUUGAAGAUGGAGAUCUCAAACUUUUUGAGUCAAAGGCAAUCACGCGAUACCUAGCCGAGCAAUACAAAGAAGAAGGAACAAAUCUAUUACCCAAUGAUCCCAAAAAGAGGGCAAUCGUAUCGAUGUGGAUGGAAGUAGAUACAAACCAGUUUCUUCCUGUGGCGUUGACUCUCAUCAAAGAACUCAUCGUAAAACCAUAUCAAGGUUUAGCCACAGACUUCACAUCGGUUCAAGAAAACAAAGAGAAGUUAUCAGAGAUUCUGAACAUCUACGAGACUCGCUUACGCGAGUCUCCAUACUUAGCCGGACAAAGCUUCACUUUAGCGGAUCUUCAUCAUCUCCCACCGAUUCAUUACUUGUUGAACACGGAAGAAGAAGAAGUGAAAAGCUUGAUCUACUCACGUCCCAGUGUAGCCGCAUGGGUCGAGAAGAUGAAGUGUAGACCCGCUUGGUUAAAAACAGUCGUCAUGCAAGAGCACAUCGUUGACUUGAUGAACCGACGUCGUUUGCCUAAACAGUCAGAUUCGUCAUGUCACGAGUUAACGGCGGAUGUGGCUCAGAAAACUGCGAUGGUGAUUGGGAAAAAUUAAGUAAUCGGUGUGACCCCUCAUUAUGAUCCAUUAAAUAAUAUUGUAUGCUCAAUUUGUGUAAACGAAUGAAAUAAUUAUACAGUAUAUUGUGUAAACUUUUUAAGCUAUAUGUUUGAAUUAAAAUAAAUGUUUAAGAAAAAAUUAAUCACACUUGUAACAAAAACUUUCCAAUCUAAAUUUUGAGCAAAGUUGGUUUUAAA